AUGGCUCUGCAGCCGCAAAAGGGUGGCCGCGAAUGGCGAACACAAAAUCCUGUCGCGCACUCCUAUUAUUUCGUUGGUGUUGUGAAUUAUCACAACAUAUUCAGGUGGAAGAUUAACGAUAGCCGAGGAUGUAAUGUCUCAAUGGUAGACACAACAUACACAACAUUACAAUCGGUUUUACAUCGGAAAUAUCGGCACAAUGUUAUCAGCUGGCCACUGUCACCAAAGUCCAGCGAUAUCUGA